AUGCAACUCCAGUAUAAAGCCAAGCUAUGCUCAGCAGCCUGAAGUCACACAGCCACUCUCAUUCGCCACAAGGAACUUGAUACUCUGACAGCGUGCUUCGGAGAGAGAUUUAAAAUGGAUUUCAUCCUGCCACACACUCUCCCGGUUGGUGGUAUCCAAUGGGAGAAACUUUUACCCCCUCUUUUUCCUCGUCUGAAUGGGACACACGGACAAUACAACUGGACGCCGAAACUCUUAAUCCCAGAGAAUGAUAGUACCAGCGCGGCCGAGGCAACAUGUGACGAUAGUGGAUUCACAGUACAAGUAGACGUCAAACACUUUGACCCCGAAGAUCUGCUGGUCAAAGUGACAGGAGAUUUUAUCGAAGUACAAGGAAAGCAUGAAGAAAAAAAGAAGGACGGUCCCGGGUUGACAACACGGCAGUUUAAUCGUCGCUAUCGAAUUCCAAAGGGAGUGGACACCAUGGCUUUGGAAUCAGCCAUUUCUCCAGAUGGUGUCCUUAUCAUAUCUGCACCCUUGCUGGACACAGACAUGUCCACAUCCCUGACCUAAUCCUAGUACUACUCAGCAAGCUGUCCUCACAAAUCACACAGUAGUUAUGUUCUAAUGCGGUCUUUGAGGUUUGUAAAUAUUGUUCUACAAUUACCCAUCAUUCUUUCAUAAAGUUUCAUGAAAAAUGCACAAUUUGUAAAUAUCCAGUCGACAAUUAAAAUUUUGUGUACCUUUG